UUCCGCUUCUGGUUGCUGCCAUGAAGCUGUGCGGACUUAGCGCAGAUAGAGCACAGCGCGAACAUGCGACGGCUCUUUGUUCUACGAUGUCUGCCUGCAAACAUCGCUGUUGCGAAAUUUGUAUUUGUCAGAAUGUUUUGAUCUAUUGGAUGGAGACUGCCUUUAUCUAGGACUAGUUUCUUUCCCUCUCCAAUCUUGAUCUGUGUGUGAACAGACAUUAAGCAAUUCACAUCUACGCCUAGACUUACGCAACUCUCACAACCACCCCACUAGCAUCACACCCACAGCUCUCAAUCGCCAAAAGAAAAAAAUGUCCAAGUCUACCACUGUCCUUAUCACCGGUGCCAACAAGGGCAUCGGUUUGGGCAUGGCCAAAGCCUACCUCUCCCGCCCCAACCACAUCGUCAUCUGCAGCGUGCGCAGCGCCAAGACCGACGUGACAGACCUCGAAGCCGCCUCCAAGGCCUCGGGCUCCAAGCUCCUGCUGGUGUACAUUGAGAGCACGUCCAAGACCGACCCCGCCAAGGCCGUGGAGGACGUCCAGGCCGCGGGCGUCGACCACCUGGACGUGCUGAUCGCCAACGCGGGCGGCAUGCCCGAGGGCAACAAGCCGCUGCUGGAGCUGGGUCCCGACGAGCUCUGCUGGUCCGUCCAGGUCAACGCGGCCGCGCCGCUGCUGGUGCUGCAGGCCUUCAAGCCGCUGCUGCAAAAGGCCGACGCGCCCCGCUUCGCCGUCAUCUCGUCCACCUCGGGGUCCAUCGAGCACAUGAAGAACAUCCACUCCUUUAUCUUUCCGGGCUAUGGUGCGGCCAAGGCCACGCUCAACUGGCUCACCAUGGGCGUCCAUCUGUCGCAGGAGUGGCUGACAACCCUCGUCAUUCAUCCUGGCCUUGUCCAGAGCGAGCCUGGAAACUGGGUGGCCAAACAGAUCGGCAUGGCCGAGGCCCCGACGACGAUUGAGCAAGCUGCUGAAGGUGUCAUCAAGGCUCUUACGAAUGCCACCCGUGAGUCCGUUGGUGGCAAGUUCUUGAGCACCUCGGAUGGCACAGUCUUGCCCUGGUAGAUGUGAGGGCAAGCGAAGAUAAAUUGCGGUGCAGACCAGUUAGCUUGCACUCACUGAGAAAGGACUUUCCAAGCGAUGUGAUUCCGUCGUAUCCAUAGUUGAGGCGGAAUGUAGAGACAAGGAGUUGUACACCCCGAUAGACAGCAGAUACAUGUACGCUGAUAUAGCUGUGAAUUUCCUUCUGGCCACUGAAUGUAUGCAAGAAAACAUCCUAGGAAUAAAACGAUCAAGACGGCAGACUAAACUGGUUAGCCCAUCAGGAUCAGCAGAUACUGUGAAGUGCUGAUAUUCAUCCAGGCAAGAUACCUUCAUGUAAUGUGCGUUCCAACAUGGCGUGGCUUGAUGAACAGACGCCCAC